AUGCAACCCGAGGGUCUGCAUACCCCUUCUACUGGGCAUGGGGAUGAUGGCGCCCCGACUGACUACAUGCAGCCCCUAGACCCUGAAGCUUUUCCGGAGAUGGAACCUCAGGCUGAGGCACAUGAGCUGCGCCGCCGCCUUAUGGAAGCUGAAAAUGAGAACCGUCGCCUGUCGCACGGUGUUGCUAACCAUACCAGCGAAGACGCUCCGGACGAAGCGAGCAACCCUGGCAACUCCUCAGGUGAUGCUGAUGCUCACGGUAUGGGAGCGGCUGGUCCUGGUGCUGCAGCGGCUGGAAGUGGUGAUGCAGCGGCUAGAAGUGGUGCUGCACCGGCUGGAAGUGGUGCUGCAGCGGCUGGUCCGAGCGCGCCUACUCCUAAUGGCGUGGCAGGAAACACGCUCCAGGCGUCGUUCCCGAGAACUCUACUCGUGGAACCGAAUCGGGUGGCUAUCAUAAAUGCGGGGGCCGCGACUCGAGCUGUGGAGAUCCUUUACUUCGAAACUUCAGAUGUGGACCUGGAUUAUUGGACGCCGCGUGACACCAACAUCACCGCCCUUUGCACGGCUCUAAACAUCAUAGAUCCUGAGGGACUGGCUAACCUGCGCCUCGUCAUGGAGAACGAAACGGCUUGGCCUAGGCACCUUCGAAAGAAGCUUCAGGAUGCGAGGAACAAGACCCUCACCACGGGCCGUGUCUUGCUGUACGAAAGAUUCGACAUUCGCAUCAAACGUCCGGACCGCAACCGCGUCGAGAUCGGAACGCUGUCGCCUGCGGCGUUCUGUGCCUCCUACCUUGCUAGUAAGAUGAUGGCUACACCAUUCCCCAAUAGACCGCUCAAACCCUGGCGAGCAGAUGGCAGUUAG